UCAAGAUGGCCCGUAGGUGGCUGAUGGCGGCCUCCUUAGCACCCCGUAGCCCAGCUGCUUGACGGAGAAGGACUUGCUCUUCCUCCUGCCGCCCACCUGCCAGCGGGCUUCCCAUGCGUUUUUCGUCUUGUCGAACCUCACGCCCCUGACGCCGCUCUGGUGCUUAGAUCUCUGCUUUAUUGCCGCUUGGCCAGUGCGGUCCAUCUCGAGACGGUGCUGCUCGGCCAACGCCUGACGCACAUUUGAGAAAAAAUAGAGGAUAAGAUGGAGGCAGGGUGCUGGAAUGCGAUGUCGGUACCUUUGCUUUGUCGAAGCCAUGGUCCUUGACAUAGAAGGUCUUGAGCUCCUCGUUGCCGCUGCUCUUCUCGUACCACUUCGCUUUCCACGACUGCUCCCUUGCAUACCACGAGACGCCCGACACGUGCGACUGGUGUUCGGCAGCCUUUCGUGUGACGGCCUCGCCCUCAUCCCUGGCUGUCUUGUUGGCCUGUGGCCUCGGCUUCCCCUCGAUGGAUGGUUUGCUGCUGCUGGACAGAGCCGUAUCUCUGCGGCGGUGCUUUCGAGAGGGGCUGUGGUCGGCCGACUCGUCACGCAGCGAACCCUCUGGCCGCACCGAACCACUCCCCUCCUGCUGCCGGUCGAGCCAUGAGAGGUCGAUGACGCUCGCAUGGUCGCCGAGUUUGUCACGGUGGAUGGUGUUGCGGUACGCCACACAUUGGCGGAGAGCCUCGAUGAUGCUGUCACGGGAGUCAGGGGCGUCGAUGACGAACUUGCGGAAGCCCAGGUGCUUGCCCUGGCUGUCAAAGUACGCGGCGAAACGUCUCGGUGAAGUCAUACAGACGCCGAAUCUGACGAGACGCCAAAGAUAGGAUGCAAAAAUAUGUCGCUCCCCCUUGUCGUGUGUGUUGCUCACCCUCCAUUGGCGGGCGGACAGGCGUCGUUGAACCGUCGUACCAGUCGGUUCACCAGGGCCGUGGCGAGAACAGGUCCAGUCAGCCCAUCCACGUCGGCCUCAUCGUGCGCCCCCUUGCGGUCGACAGUCUGGCGCUUGGGGGCGGGGCGACGCGGCGGGUCCCCUUGGCCUGGACGAUGGGGCGAUGAUGAUGAGAUUUGCGACUCCGUCUCAGACGAUAAAGACAUGGCGGCCUGCCGGCUUGACUGACUCGCUUGUUGUUUGCGGCUGCGACGGCCAGGAGGAGGGCGGUCGACCUCGAUGUCUCCACGGGGCUCCACCUCCUCUGACACCGCCCCUCCCUUAGGUGUGUGGCGCCCCUCCCGUCUAUGUCGGGGCGGUGUCUGAUGGCGGGAAGCCUCCGCUCGAUCGCAACGAGCGGCAGAGUUGGGAGAGGGAGCUGGAUCGUGGACGGGCUGGCCGUCGCUGCCCAAGAAGGUGUAGUGCUGCUCUUGCAUGGCCUGUCUGUGUGCUAUCGCGGCGUUCUUGGCGACUUCAUGGCCGAGCUCUUUGACGGAGAAGGACUUGGUCCUUGUUUGGCCGCCCUCCUUCCAGGUGGCAACCCACGCGUUGUUCUUGUAGUGGACGCCCCUGACGCCGCUCUGGUGCUCCGCUCGCUUCUUGAUGGCCGCCCGGCCAGUGCGCUCCAUCUCGCGACGAUGCUGCUCGGCCAACGCCUGCUAAAAAAAGGAUCACGGACAUGAGAGAGUGCGUGUGUCAUGCGUUGUUCUUUCUUGCCUUCUGCACCUUUGCUUUGUCGAAACCGUGCUCGCUGACGUAGAAGUACUUGCGUUCCUCCUUGCCGCCCUCGUACCACGACGACACCCAGGCCUGUUGCUGCUCGAGCCAGCGGACGCCCGAGACGUCUGACUGAUGCUGGGCGGGCUUGGGGAUGACGGUCUUGCCGCCUUGGGUGGCCUUGCGCCUCGGCUGUCCGUCGGACAAGGACAUGUCACCAUGCCGAUCCAU